CUCCCUGGAGCAGUUUCUCUGCAUGACGUUAGCAGCCAGUGUCCCCUCCUCCAGCGCGCACAGGAGAACCAAGCAGCGGGACCGUCUCUGAUUUGUGCGCACCACCUCCGGACGCUGGCUCGCCGACUCAGGCCGGGGAUGGCGUCGCUCGGCGCGGGGCUGCAUGUCAGCCGCAAACGGUCCGCGGGCAGGAGUGCGGCGGUGGAAAGGAGGAACCUGCUGACGGUGUGCCGUUUUUCCGUGAAGACCCUCCUGGAUCGGUCCUGCUUGGAGAGCAUGGACGAUUCUUCUGCGGAUUUAGUGAACUUUAUGUCCAUCCUGGAGCACAUCCUCAACCAUCGACUUAAAGGUCAGACCUCUUGGUUUGGCUACGAGAGUCCAAGGAAUUUUUGGGAUUAUGUCAAAGCGGCCUGCAGUAAAGUCCCUCAUAAUUGCAUGCGAAGCAUCGAGUGUAUGGAGAAUGUGCGAACAUCCAAAGCUAAGGGUCGAGCGUGGAUCCGGGUGGUCCUGAUGGAGAAAAGAUUAUCCGACUACAUCUCAUCUGCUCUGAGGGACUUGAAAACUACCAGGAGGUUUUACGACGAGGGGGCGAUCAUGCUUGGAGAGGAGGCGGGGCUUCUCGCCGACACGCUCAUCGGGCUCAACACCAUCGACUUCAGCUUCUGUCUGAAGGGGGAGGGUCUUGACGGCGGGGGCCCCUCGGUGAUCGACUACACGCCUUACCUGAAGUUCACCCAAAGCGCAGACAGCAUCAGCAGCGACGAGGAGGAGAUGCGCACCCUGGGGAGCAGCGGCAGCGAGAGCAGCACGCCCGACAAAAUGGCCACGGCCGCGUCCAUCUUCACCGAGCAGAGCAACUUGGUCAGCAAGUGCAAACGCCUGGAGCAGAAAUAUCGCACGGCGCUGGAGCAGAAGUCAUACCUGGAGGAGCUGGUUCGUCUACGUGAGGCCCAGCUGGCUGAGGCCACCACGCAUCACAAAGUUCUUCAGCAGAGCCUGGUUGACACGCACCUUUCACACUCGCUGGAGAAAGAGCAGCUGGAGUUGAUCAUUUUGGAGCUGCAGGACCAACUGACAGUUCUGAAGAACAACGAUUUGCGGUCGCGACGGGAGCUGACGGCGCACCUCACCAAUCAGUGGCCAUCCCCCGAUGCGCUGGACGCCAACGCCGUCGCCCUGGACACGCUGCUUGUGAGGAACAGCACCGGCCAGUGGGAGGACAAGAGCCUCCGCAACGUCCCGGCACACAUGAGCCUAUCACAGAUGUCCCUAGAACCGUCACACACACUAACGCUGGAGACCAAAGCCGCCUGCGCACACUGGCCCCGCCAAGGAAAGGAGCAGUCGCCGUCUCUCAGGGGGCUGUGCGGCUCUCUGACCUCCGUCAACAGUUUCAGGUCUCUGGCCAGUCUGCGGUCCAACGAGUGUUUGGCGAGUCCGGCCGCAGAGGUCAACAGCCCGGGGUUCACGCCCACGUAGGCCCACGCCACGCCAUCCGGCAGUCCCCUCAACGUGGUAUUAUUUUUGUACAAAUGAAUGUUCCGUGUUCGCUUUUGGAAGCCAUGUUCAGUCAAGUCAGGGGUGUCCAAAGUGCGGCCCGCGGGCCAUUUUUAGCUCAAUUUUUAUUUAUUUUUUUUAAAAUAUGUAAAUAUUACAUAUACGAAUCUUUAUCAUGUCAGAUAUCACAAAUAGUUAAUUAAUUAACUAAUUAACUAGAUUAAUAAAUCUAUACAAACUAUCUUUUCAAAUAGGCCUUUUUUCCAUAGAAAAUAUCUCAUUCAGUUUGGUAAUAAUUUAUAAAUAUGUGACAAAACAGGUCAAAUGUACAGCAUACAUACGUGCCAUACAUACAUGUUUUUUUUUUUUUUACAUAUUUAUGUCGUCAUGCAUUGAGAUUUCGCACGGUCCUUGAAUGCACCAUAGUUGCUGUGAAACUGUUGUAUGUUGCACUGACUCCUUUGGAGGUUUAUUAUUUUUUUAUAAUGUCAGUAUAAGUUGCUCAGGGCUGCACGGUGGUCGAGUGGUUAGCACGCAGACCUCACCGCUAGGAGACCAGAGUUCAAUCCCACCCUCGGAGUUUGCAUGUUCUUCCUGUGCACGCGUAGGUUUUCUCCGGGUAUUCAUUCCAAAAACAUGCUAGGUUAAUUUUGCGAAUUGGCAAAUUGUGUGUUUUGUGAUUGGCCGGCCACCAGUCCAGGGUGUACCCCGCCUCUCGCCCGAAGAUAGCUGGGAUAGGCUCCAGGGGAGGGGGGGGGUUCUGGAUCCGAGUCAUGCGUCAUUGGCUGAUUCUUGAAUGUAAUCUCCACAUAAAUGACUUAGUUUGUAGUAUUUGACUUAUGUUGGACUUAAAUAUACAAACUGUAUCAAAGUACUUUCGUCAUUUUUCUGUAAGCGGCCCUCCCUGGACAAAGUUUGGACACUCCUGACUUCUUAAGUGGUGUAGCAUUCCCAGCGUUAAAAUGCUCUCCGCUCAUCGUGUUCCUUUUAACUUGAAUGCUUCGUAUCGAGAGACGUUGCCAAUCAUUACGUACUGAUGCUUUCAGGGUGAUCCGUCCACAAAAGAUCAUCUGUCACAUCUUUAGUUCUCAGGUGCUUUUCUUUGGUGUGCCUUUGCUUUCAGUUUUGUGGAUAACGCAGUAUUUGGUUCUCAGGUCGUGACCGCUAUGAUUGAUAUUCUACUUUCAGUUGACUCAGACUCUGUACUCCCCUUUUAAUUAUUAUUCCCAAUGCUGUCCUGAUCGACUUGUGGUAAACGGGAUCAAACCGAGCGCAACAACACGCACCUUUACUGCUUUUUCAUGCACUCGUUCACAUCAGAAACAUCAUACAAACUAUGUUUUAUUGGACUCAUUUUGGCUUUUCAGUCAUUAUUCGUCAUUUGGGGGAAAAAUGUAUGAAAAUAUAGAACAUCGGGCGAGUUUUACACCUAACAAGACAACCUUCGUUGGCACUAAUAUAGAUUCCGAACCGAAAACCGUCAUCUGGAUGGGCGCAACAAAAGAAUAGAUUUUCCAUUCGAAGCGUCUCUAAAAAGUCGAGGCUCUAUUGAUUGGGUCUGCCGACUGAAGAAGCAGACAUGAGAAAGUUAGUGAGCGCUAUGUUAUGCAAUGGUGCAACACUGGCAUGGAAACAGGAGUUCAGAACAUCCCCAUGGUUGAUUUUGCCCUGAGUUGGUGGAGGACGUGUCACCCAGUGCCCCAAAAGCACAUCACGCAGAAUACUCAUGAAUAUUCAGUAAUACAUAAUAUGACUUAUAAUACAUCCCUAUACAAAAAUGGAAGUUAUAAAUGAUCAAUACUAUCAUUAAAAGUUUUUUUUUUAAUAUGCUCUUUGUAAUCUCGCUUCUGCUUAUUUAAAAAUGUCACAGUGUUGUUUUUUUUUCUUGGUGUUCGAUUUGGGGGCGUUUGAACUGGUAAUCUUUCAGGUCUUUGUGGUCUGCAAGGGUCCCAGUAUCUGUUCCUGGUUGUGUUUGCGGAAAAACGCCUUCCCGAACUCGUAGGUGCUGAUCAUGAUGGCGCAGGCCGGCGCCACUUUGAUGAGG